UAUACCAGUGAAUUCACUUGUCACCUUUUGGAAAAAGCUCUUCUUAUCAUCUGCCCCUCUUCUUUUUUUAUGACUGCUCAAAUCCAUUUUUGUUCUAUUAACUGUAUUAUUGUUUCUACCCUUUCUCCUCCUCCAUUUUUUGUACAACUUCUUCAUUCUUAAUUAAACCUCUAUUUCUCUGCCAACAAACAAUUCUUGGAAUAUCUGAAAGGCUCAUAAUACGAGGUUUUAGGUCAUUCCCUUUUCAGAGAUUUUCCUCUACUUCUUUUCUUUAUUUUUUAAUUCCAUGUUCCAUACUUCUAUCAGUGUACUCCUAAAAAGAAUGUGUUUUCUCUUCUCUUCUUAAGCAUUAUGGGAUUGAGUUUUCAUUCAUUCUUUGAUCAACUUUUGUCAAUUAUUCUCACUUUCUGAUCUUAAGAUACCAAACCUCUGCCUUUUACACUCUCUUAAGAAGUAAAUCCAAUGGCAUGCUCUCAGCUUUUUGUAUUUUGCCAUAGGAAUUUACAGACAAUCAUCUUUUUACUACUUCUAUUCAUUUCAGGCUUGACACAUGUUAAAUUCAUGGCUGAAGGUAGGAGAAUUCUCAAGCUGCAAACUGGAAUUACUCAGAGGAAAAAUGAAGAGAAGAUGUUAAAGGUGAGAUCUUUAAUAGGUUCAAGGCCACCAAGAUGUGAAGGAAGAUGUAGAAACUGUGGACCAUGUGAAGCAGUUCAAGUCCCAAUUGUGCCAAACCUCAAACACCAGCAAUUAAGAAGCCAUCAAUUGAAUGCAUUCCCUAAAUUCUUAGCAUAUUCAAGAGGUGAUGACAUCUCCAAUUACAAGCCUAUGUGUUGGAAAUGUAAAUGUGGCAACUUUUUCUUCAAUCCUUGACAUAGCUAGCAAAAGAAUAGAUCCUCUUUUUUGUAUGGAGAAAAUAAGUUUCUCUUCAACUGUCUAUAUACAUGAAUAUCAAAUUAGCUAGAUUUUGCAGAAUCAAGAUUGAUGAUAAUGCAUAUUUGGUA